AAGCAUGUUUGUAGCCCAAAAGUUUUUUCUCUUAUACUCCGUAUAAUGUAAUUUUGACACCUAAAUGGACCUCAAUAUUUUCCGUAGAAUAUUCUCAUUGGUAUAAUUAGGGUUCGCCCCCUUCAUUUUCGCUAUAAAAUCUUCAUCGCUUCAAAUUUGGUUGUUAUUUUCUUUGCCGAUUAAGGUGCUAAGCAGAUCUUGUCAGAAAUGGAGCAGACUUUCAUCAUGAUCAAGCCUGAUGGCGUCCAGCGCGGCCUGGUAGGUGAAAUUAUUGGCCGGUUUGAGAAGAAGGGCUUCUCUCUGAAAGGUUUGAAGCUUGUCACUGUUGACCGUGCUUUUGCUGAAAGCCAUUAUGCUGAUUUGUCUGCUAAGCCUUUCUUUAAUGGCCUUUGUGAGUACAUUGUUUCUGGUCCUGUUGUGGCAAUGGUAUGGGAAGGAAAGGGUGCUGUUGCAACUGGAAGGGUUAUGAUUGGAGCCACAAACCCCUCACAGUCUUCUCCCGGAUCGAUCCGUGGUGAUUUUGCUGUUGAUAUUGGGAGGAAUGUCAUCCAUGGAAGUGAUUCAGUUGAGAGUGCAAGGAAGGAAAUUGCACUUUGGUUCCCAGAAGGUGUGACCGCAUGGAAGAGUGAGCUUCACCCUUGGAUCUAUGAGAACUAAAAUAUUUCUGAAUUUAUCUUGUAGUGAUGUUUUCCUACAACUAUGCUCACUUGUGUUCUCUCUGUCUUGAUUAUGACCAGAAUGUUGUUACCUUCAUCCUCUCUUUAGAAGUGCUUGAGUUUGAGCAAGAUUUGUUAUAUUUGUAGCUUUAGUUUUGCUAUGGAUAUUUGUUGCCAUUAGGGUUGAG